CGCGUUGUUUGAGAUCCAAAAAGCACGACGCUUUUCUCUUUCUCGCGCGUUGGAAUCGGCUCCUCCUUCCCACACAAAUGCGGGCUGCUCCUCCCUCCCACAGUUCAAGUACUCCACACCGUUUCUCCUACUGAAGUAGAGUGGUACUACUCCCCACCACCUCCCACUGAAGUAGAGCAGCAUCUGUUUGCGCUUAGACUUCAUCGCUUCCACCACCACCACAAUGUCGUCCGCCAUCUCACUGGAGGAGAUCAAGAACGACGCCGUCGAUCUUGAGCACAUUCCGGUCGGGGAAGUCUUUGAGCAGCUCAAAUGCGACAGGAAUGGGCUCACCAACGUCGAGGGGGAGAACCGCAUCAAGAUCUUUGGGCUCAACAAGCUCGAGGAGAAGAAGGAGAGCAAGGUGCUCAAAUUCUUGGGGUUCAUGUGGAAUCCGCUCUCGUGGGUCAUGGAGAGCGCCGCCAUCAUGGCCAUCGCCCUCGCUAAUGGAGGGGGGAAGCCUCCGGAUUGGCAAGACUUCAUCGGCAUCAUCUCCCUUCUCAUCAUCAACUCGACCAUCAGCUUCAUCGAGGAGAACAACGCCGGCAAUGCCGCCGCCGCUCUCAUGGCUGGCCUUGCACCCAAGACCAAGGUGCUGAGAGACGGGAGGUGGUCGGAGCAGGAUGCGGCGAUCCUCGUCCCUGGAGACAUUAUCAGCAUUAAGCUCGGCGACAUCAUCCCUGCGGACGCACGCCUACUCGACGGCGACCCGCUCAAGAUCGACCAGUCCGCCCUAACCGGCGAGUCGCUUCCGGUGACCAGAAACCCUGGCGAUGAGGUCUUCUCGGGCUCCACAUGCAAGCAAGGCGAGAUCGAGGCCGUCGUCAUCGCCACCGGCGUGCACACCUUCUUCGGCAAGGCCGCGCACCUCGUCGACAGCACCAAUAACGUCGGCCACUUCCAAAAGGUGCUAACUGCGAUCGGAAACUUCUGCAUCUGCUCGAUCGCGGUCGGCAUGGCGAUCGAGAUCGUGGUGAUGUACCCGAUCCAGCGCCGGAAGUACAGGGACGGGAUCGACAACCUACUGGUGCUGCUCAUCGGCGGGAUACCGAUUGCGAUGCCCACCGUGCUGUCGGUCACCAUGGCCAUCGGAUCGCAUCGGCUGUCAGAGCAGGGAGCCAUCACGAAGAGGAUGACUGCAAUCGAGGAGAUGGCAGGGAUGGACGUGCUCUGCAGCGACAAGACCGGAACCCUCACCCUUAACAAGCUUACCGUCGACAGGACUCUAAUCGAGGUAUUCGAGAGAGAUGUGGAUAGGGAAGCCGUGAUCCUCCAUGCCGCAAGGGCCGCCAGGGUCGAGAACCAGGACGCCAUCGAUGCCGCCAUUGUUGGAAUGCUUGCUGAUCCCAAGGAGGCACGUGCAGGGAUCGAUGAGGUGCACUUCUUGCCCUUCAAUCCUGUCGACAAGCGGACGGCCAUCACCUACGUAGACUCCUUUGGCAAUUGGCAUCGAUCGAGCAAGGGAGCCCCGGAACAGAUCGUUGAGCUGUGCAGCAUGAGGGAGGAUGCCAAGAAGAAGGUUCACGCCGUCAUCGACAAGUUCGCCGACCGUGGCCUGCGGUCGCUGGCCGUCGCCCGACAGGAAAUUCCUGAGAAGAGGAAGGAAAGCGCCGGAGGGCCAUGGCAGUUCAUGGGGCUGCUACCGCUGUUCGACCCACCGAGACACGACAGUGCGGAGACCAUUCGUCGAGCACUCAACCUAGGCGUGAACGUGAAGAUGAUCACCGGUGAUCAGUUGGCUAUAGCCAAGGAGACCGGGCGGAGGCUCGGGAUGGGUACCAACAUGUACCCCUCGUCCACUCUUCUCGGCAACAAGAACGAUGAUCUCACCGGUAGCAUCCCUGUCGACGAGCUCAUCGAGAAGGCCGAUGGUUUUGCUGGUGUCUUCCCAGAGCACAAGUACGAGAUCGUGAAGAGACUGCAGGAGAGGAGCCACAUCUGUGGCAUGACAGGCGACGGCGUGAACGACGCCCCGGCCCUGAAGAAGGCGGACAUCGGCAUCGCCGUCGCUGACGCCACCGACGCUGCUCGUGGCGCUUCGGACAUUGUCCUGACGGAGCCGGGACUCAGUGUCAUCGUCAGCGCCGUCCUCACCAGCCGCGCAAUCUUCCAGCGCAUGAAGAACUACACCAUCUACGCCGUCUCCAUCACCAUCCGAGUCGUGUUAGGCUUCCUCCUCCUCGCGCUCAUCUGGCGUUUCAAUUUUUCCCCUUUCAUGGUCCUCAUAAUCGCCAUCCUCAAUGACGGGACCAUCAUGACCAUCUCCAAGGACCGAGUCAAGCCCUCUCCGAUGCCCGAUUCGUGGAAGCUCCGCGAGAUCUUCGCCACCGGGAUCGUCCUCGGCACCUACCUUGCGCUCAUGACUGUGCUGUUCUUCUGGAUCGCUCACCAAACGGACUUCUUCCCCAAAACAUUUGGAGUAAGGCCGAUCAGGGACAAUCAAGAUGAACUGACCUCCGCGAUCUACCUCCAAGUGAGUGUCGUUAGCCAGGCGCUCAUAUUCGUGACGCGGUCCAGAAGCUGGUGCUUUGUGGAGCGCCCUGGGCUGUUUCUUGUGGCUGCCUUCGUUAUUGCGCAGCUGGUGGCUACUUUCAUCUCUGUGUACGCGAGCUGGGGAUUCGCGAGAAUCCAUGGCAUAGGGUGGGGGUGGGCUGGAGUGAUAUGGCUCUUCAGCAUCGUCACCUUCUUCCCGCUCGACUUCCUCAAGUUCAUCAUCCGGUACACACUGAGUGGCAAGGCUUGGGUCAACCUCUACGAGAGCAAGACGGCUUUCACGACCAAGUUGGAUUACGGGAAGGGGGAAAGGGAGGCGCAAUGGGCGCUAGCGCAGCGUACCCUGCACGGCCUCCAGCCACCGGACUCUUCAGGUCUCUUCAACGAGAAGAACUACAGGGAGUUGUCUGAGAUCGCCGAGCAGGCUAAGAGACGCGCCGAGGUCGCCAGGCUUAGGGAGCUUCACACGCUAAAAGGACACGUUGAGUCAGUAGUGAAGCUCAAAGGGCUGGACAUUGAGACGAUGCAGCAUCACUAUACGCUUUGAGAGGAGGGAGGACGAUGGCAGACCAAGAGAGAGGCUCGAGAAUAAAGAUGUCGGUUUCUUUGCUAACUUCUCUGUGUUUAAGAUUCUUUUGUUCUUAGGUAGAACCCAAAAAUAAGUCACAGGGGAAUCAAAGACCUGUCUGUCUUUUGCAUCUCAGAUUCUUCUCACGUGCUUCUUGCUUGGAUCUCCUUGGCCAAGUAAUCGCGUUCUUGUGUUCUACAUUGAUCUUUAUGCAGUUAAAGUAGAGAGGAUUUAUUUUGUCCAGAGUAGAUU